GUACAGCGGCCCUAUUUGUCUACAAAGACUACUUACGCAUUAAAGUAAAGCAUUGUCUCGUUUUGGAUUUUCCACAUAAACAUACAAACCAAAAUUUCACCGCUAGUACAGAUAUUUAUCAAGAGAUUCCAUAAACGUCUGCUAAUGGAAUAUUAUAAAGCUGAAGAGAGGGAAGAAAAUGCUGGUAGCGGUUCUGACAUCAGGGAAUAUCAAGGUCUUUUCAAGAGAAUAGUUGCCUUGCAUAUGGCGAAGAAACGCGAACGGCGCCAGCGGUGUGCUGCCAGGAGGGCAAUGAUGAUUGACCAGUUGAAGAAGAAGGCUGACAGUUUUAUGACAAAACUGGAAAACCGACAAGCUCGGUACGCUUAUCCAGUGGGCGCGAAUGUGGGAUCACCCCAGGUGCAGUAUGUGGAAAUGCCUCCCCCAUAUGAAGCAGCAGUAAACAUCGAACCGAUGACCAAGGAGGGCUUGGCUAAGAUGGAGGCCGCUGGAAAGGCUUAGUUUUCAUCGGUUAAGUCAAAACAGCCAGCAAAAGUAGAUGUGAGAUACAACAACAGGAACUCUCGUUCCAACAUAAAAAGCUGUUAAACCAUUAUAUACGCUAAGAAUUGAGACUAAUGGACGAAAAUCAGUAGACUUCUUGGAAUUUAGCGAACUCUUUAUGGGAAGCGGAAAAUGCGAAAUAAAAUGGCUGCGCGAAACCUGGACUCAAGUCAUGUCCAGUUUCUGUGCAGCUUUUUUUCGCGUUUCUCCACGUCGCACUUCUCUAUACGUGAUUCUCCAUAUAUGAUUUGUUAAACAAGCUAAGCUAUUAAAAAUAUUAUGCGUAACAUUGUCCUCAUUUCUUGUCAAUUCUGACUCUACCGGGCAUUAAAUUCUACCGACUCUUUCCUAAGACGGUAGCUUCUUGGAUCGUUACUUAGCUCGCGUAUGUACAGAAAGCGCUGCGUUGCGUUUCUUUGACUAUGGAGGAGAGCUGUGAGAGGCUGUUGAUGAGCAUUUACUUGUGACUCUUGUGUGUAGUAGAUCCUGAAUUUGCAAUCUCUGCUGUAGCCUUGGCCUAAGGCGGAUCCAGGAUUUUUCGAGAGGGCGUAGCUGCAGAUUUAAUGGGGCAUGCAUAUCUCGCGAGAUGCGGGCUCUCGUCACUCUUGGUCAGUGGUGUAACUGUUAAGCAAUAGACUGCAAGGCUCUUGUAGAUCUCUUGUAGAUCUCUUGUAGAUCCUACGUUGGCAGCGUUUAUCGUAUGCGGUCCCUUGCAGUUUAUGGUUUCUCAUUUAUGUAACUGUUAAACGUAUUUCUAUCACCAUUUUAGCUAGAGAAACUGAAAUUACUUGUAAUAACAAUGAGGUAUCUGUCCAGAGUGUUCUCCUUUAUUUCUGCCAUAAUAGUCACAACCCUUUUCAUAAGAGGGAGUCCGGCUAGCCACCCAGUCCACCCCCCUAAAUCCACCCCUUCCAGCAUACAAACAAAUCGCGGGCUCUGUGAACGGGAUUGGCAUGCAAUCGUUGCGUGUCGACCCAAACAAACAUGAUAAAUAUGCAUCACUGGCGUUACGUUACACAACUAAGACAAGCAGCAUGGAUCCUGAAAGCUCCACAACGACAAGUUGGUUCAUUCCAGUUCUGAUCGGGUUUUUCGCAAUCUAUGUUCUAAAGCAAUUGAUUCCGCGAUCGAAGGUUGAUAUCAAAGAAAAGUUUGUUCUCAUUACGGGCUGUGACUCGGGCUUCGGUCGAGAAACCGCCAUUCGACUGGACAAGAUGGGAGUUCGUGUGUUGGCGACUUGUUUAACGAAAGAAGGAGAAGAGAGUUUAAGAUCAGUGACGAGUGACAAACUGAAAACAUUCCAGAUGGAUGUGACAAACUCGCAGCAGAUUAAAGAUGUCUACGAGGAGGUCAAACGACAAAUUCUCUGUGACUCAGGAUUGUGGGGCCUGGUAAAUAAUGCUGGAAUUCUUUACUUGCUUCCCAUUGAAUGGACGUCGAUGGACAUCUUUAAACGCACUGCAGACGUAAACCUGUGGGGAAUGAUUGAUGUCACUAAAACCUUCCUGCCCCUGCUGAAAAAGGCACAAGGACGAGUUGUGAAUUUCUCAAGUGUCGCUGGUCGACUUUCUUGUAACUUUUACGGAGCUUACGCUGCCAGUAAAUAUGGCGUGGAAGCCUUUUCGGACGCACUCCGGCGAGAGAUAUAUCCCUGGGGGAUAAAAGUGAGCCUCAUGGAACCCGGGGCAUUCCAGACUCAAAUUAGUGAACCUCGUAACACAGAGAAACAGGUGAGACAAGGCUGGGAUGACUUGAGUGAAGAACUAAAGAAAGAAUAUGGAAGGGAUUACUUGGAAAAAGGAAUCACGUUUUUCACUUCCUUUCCGUUGUCAACCCGAACAUAUCAAGUCGUUGACGCUGUUGUUGAUGCGCUGAUGUCACAGUCACCACGUGACCGCUAUCUGCUCGGUUAUGACGCGCGGUUUUUCUUUGGACCAAUCACUUGGUUGCCAACAGUGGUGGCCGACUUUAUCCUCAGAUGCUUGGUAUUUAGGCUCCCAGCACCGCUACGGAACAAGUAAUUCAACGCCUCGAUUAAGAAUAAAUCACAGAAAUCGGCCAUAAACAAAACAACAAAACAACAACAACAAAAAAACAAACAACAAAACAACAACAACAAAAAAAAGAAAAUAAAGGAAAGCGCUCAUGACAUCAUGUUCAUUGUUCAAAGUUUAAAAAGUUCUAAAUGUUUCAACAAAGAUGUCACGUGAUCAAUUCGGCCUCGCGCUGCGCGCUUGUCUGAGUUUGAAAUCGCUCGCCCCAUAACACCCUAAAUUGUUCUUCACUCGGUCCAGCUACUAUUAAUUAUCAAGUCGCGGUCAUUGUAUUCUUUUCUGGAAGCAAUAUUUUUAUCCUGCACUGUUUGAAGCUGAUAUUUAAGUCUUGGCAAUGUUCCCAGUUUGAUAAAGUAAUUUUGAGAGCUCGUAGCCCUUAAGAUUACAGUCGGCAUUGCAAGGCUUUCGCCUUUUAGGAAUAAAUUUUUUGCCAGUCA